ACCGUCGCGCUCAUCGUGCAGUGCUUCGACCACAUAUCGGGCGCGCAGCUGAACCCGACUGUGACGCUGGCGCGCGCGCUGGGCGGGCACGAGAGCGCAGGGCGCGCGCUGGCGCUGGCGGCCGCGCAGCUGGCGGGCGCGCUGCUCGGCGCCGCCGCCGCCGCCGCGCUCGGCGCCGCGCCCGCCGCCUGCCUCACGCGCCCCGCCGACGGCGUCGCGCCCUACCAGGCGGCGGUGGUGGAGGCUGCGCUGGGCGGGUGCCUGGCACUGGCCAACCUGGCAGCGUGGGACGAGCGCACGCGACGGCUGCGCGACUCGUGGCCGCUGCGUAUCGGCCUGAGUGUCGCCGCGCUGACAUUCGCCGCGGGCGAGGUGUCGGGCGCCAGUAUGAACCCGGUGCGCAGCUUCGCGCCUGCGCUUCUCGCCGCGCGCUGGGAACAUCAAUGGGUGUAUUGGGUGGGGCCGCUGAGCGGGUCGUGCGUGUGCACGGCGCUGUACCGGUGCGUGUGGCGCGUCCCGCCCGCGCGCGACUCUCCGUGCGUGCAGUGCGCCCGCUGUGCGCAGUGUGUGCAGUGCGCCCGGUGUGUGCAGUGCGUCCGGUGCGCGCAGUGCGCUCACUCCGCGCCGCCAGCCCGCACCGCCGAGCCCGACUGCACGCGAUUAAGUGACAAGGCUCCAGCCCCAAUACGACUGACAACUGAUUAGCGGCUCUACCACCUCAAAUCUUGAUCGAUUUCUCGUAGAACAUGAUAAUAUAUUUACGAAUUAUUCGGUAAAACAGAUAUCACGAUGAUACCUAUCCCUAAUACAAAUAAUGUUCCCAUUAAUUAUUAUUAACGUGUAUUAUAUUACAUUUUAU